AUAUAAACAAACCGGGAAGCCAUAAUGGAUAACACUGCUGAUAGUGGCGAACUGGUUCCACAUAUAUUUUUCCCUGUCGGGUAUCAUUUCUUGCGUGAUUUCAAUACUAAGCGGUCAACUAGACAUGACUUCUUUUAAAAAAUUUUUAUUAUUGUGUUCAGCUGUGAUAGCUUCAGGUGCGAAUCUGAAGAAAAUGAGUUCUCCACCUCAUUGCACUCAUGUUAGCAAAGAUACGGACUACUUAUCGAAGUUUAAGUUUACGUACCCUACCGUCUACAUUCCUCCAGGACAGCGUGAGGCAUAUCAGCAGAUGUUUUGCCUGAACCCAGCGGCAGUGAACAAAGCUGUGACAACCGUAUGUGACUGGGCAGCGCCGCCCCAAGUUGAGUUCACUUUGGGUGAUGAGUACGUGCACGUGGUACGCCAGGACCCUAGCGGACGGUAUAACGGCAACGUGGUCAUCACCACCUACCAACUCUGCAGCCAUAAUAGGACCUACAUCCCGAAAGACGAACUUGCACCAACAGUCACCGACUUGUUAUAAUAAUUAAUGUCGUGAUUAAACGCACUGUGAAAUAUAUAAAAUAUAUUAAGAUGUUUUCGAAUAGUAACUACUCUAGUUUUAUA